AUGGCAGCAGCGCCCGCCGCCCGCGCCGCCACCCCGCCGCCCCGCCGCCACAGCCGACCGGCAGCCUGCGCAAUCGAGCGCCGCGCCGGCGGGCGGCGCCGCGCGUGGCAUGAGCAGUCGAUCGCCGAGGCGCCGCGCCGUGAGGGCCGUCCCGGAUAUAAUUUUGCUCUCUACCUCAGUAUCUGGGCUCUCCUUCCUGACCUUGUUAUUAUACUAAUAAGAUUAACUAUUAACACUUACGACAAGACUGCCCUGAAGGAAGAAGUGUUCCAUGACAACAUGGAUCAGCUUUGGGAUGUACCCAGUGUCCAUUCAGAUUUGGUGGCUGAUCUUCUGAAAGAUCUCUCCAACAACAACAAGCAAGUGGAGGAGUGGAAAGGAGCUCUCUCUCUCCUGGAGUUGCUAAAGAUCACAAGGGAAGAUAAUAUUGGAGUUUGGGAGGAGCAUUUCAAAACCAUUCUGCUCUUGCUGCUGGAAACACUUGGAGACAAAGAUCAUUCGAUCAGAGCUCUGGCACUGCGAGUCCUGAGGGAGAUACUGCAGAACCAGCCAGCAAGGUUUAAGAACUAUGUGGAGUUGACUAUCAUGAAAACACUGGAAGCACAUAAGGAUUCCCACAAGGAGGUCAUCAGAGCUGCUGAAGAAGCUGCUUCCAUCCUGGCGAGAUCCAUCCACCCCGAGCAGUGCAUCAAGGUGCUUUGCCCCAUCAUUCAGAUUGCAGAUUAUAUGCCAUCAAAAUGCAAACAAGUCAUCAAGAGGAUUUCCAAGUAAUCAUUGCAACCACUCCUGCCUGAUACCAUUCCAGGACUGUUACAGGAUUAUAAUAACAUGGAGACGAGUGUCAGAAAAGCCAGUGUGUUUUGCCUAGUGGUUAUUUAUUCAGCAAUUGGAGAAGAACUGAAACCUCAUCUCGCACAAUGCACAGGAAGCAAGAUGAAGCUACUAGACUUGUAUCUAAAGAGGGCACAGACCACCAACAGCAACAGCACCUCGUCUUCAAAUGUUUCAACGCACAGUUAGUGGAGAUGGUGGAAAUAUAUGUAGACUUAGAAGCAGUCAACGGUGCCUCUCAGAGACCUUUCUGCUACUCUUCACUGGCGCACUCCAUCAGCUUAAGGA